AUUGGCCGGCGGGAGCAGGAGUGGGAGGAGCCAGAGGAAACACCACCACUGCUGCUUGGACUCUUUCUCUCUGCGCUCAGCUCGUCGCUCUCCGGCACGCUGCUUGGCUUCACCCACAGAAAACAGCGAGCGGCUAACUUCCCAAAAAUUCUUUUGUUUCGGGCUCAAACCCAAGAUUGUGAAGACAGACAAAUGGCUGAACCGUCUCCCGCGAGUUUAGGGUGUGAUACAGCUUUAAAGUCGGGAAGCGGACUCGCCUGAAGUGUGCCACAACUUCAAACACAAACCCGACGACGGGAGGAAGUUGUAGCCGAGAUAAAGAAAGGAGUCGGGAUCGCUCCCUUUCCCAUCGAGGUUCAAGUCAAGAUGUCUGUCAGCAACCACGAAAACAGAAAGUCUCGCUCUAGUUCUGGCUCAAUGAAUAUCCAACUCUUCCACAAGACGUCCCACGCGGACAGCCUGUUGACUCAGCUCAACCUGCUACGCAAACGCAGAGUCUUCACAGAUGUCGUGCUAAAGGCCGGCAACCGUUCCUUCCCCUGCCACCGGGCCGUCUUGGCCUCCUGCAGCCGGUACUUCGAGGCCAUGUUUAGCGGCGGGCUCAGAGAGAGUCACGACGGUGAUGUCAACUUCCACGACUCUCUCCAUCCGGAAGUGCUGGAGCUCCUGCUUGACUACGCUUACUCAGCCCGGGUCAUCAUCAAUGAGGAAAAUGCAGAGUCACUGCUGGAAGCUGGAGACAUGCUUCAGUUUCAUGACAUCAGGGACGCGGCAGCAGAGUUUCUGGAAAAGAACCUUCACCAGUCCAACUGUCUCGGGAUGAUGCUGCUGUCCGACGCCCACCAGUGUCAGAGACUGUAUGAGCUGUCGUGGAGGAUGUGCCUGGCGAACUUUGCUACUCUCUUUAGGACAGAAGACUUCCUAAGCCUCCCCAAGGACAAAGUUCAGGAGCUCAUCCUUAGUGAGGAACUGGAGGUGGAGGACGAGAGCCUGGUGUACGAGGCCGUUAUCGACUGGGUCAAGGCGGACAUGGAGAGGAGGCACAGCGAGCUGCCCGAGCUGCUGCGCUGCGUCCGCUUGGCGCUGUUGCCUGAAUCGUACCUGCUGAAGAACGUUGCUUCAGAGGAGCUGGUGAUGUGCCACAAGGUGUGCCGGGAAAUCGUCGAAGACGCCGUGCGGUGUAAGAUGCGGAUCCUCCAGAACGAUGGGAUCGUAACCGGAUUCUGUGCGCGUCCAAGAAAAGUCAGCCAGGCCCUGCUGCUGCUCGGAGGUCAGACUUUCAUGUGUGAUAAAGUCUACAUGAUCGAUAACAAGACCAAGGAGAUCACCCCCAAAACAGACAUCCCCAGUCCCAGGAAAGAGUGCAGCGCCUGCGCCAUUGGUUGCAAGGUCUAUGUUACUGGAGGACGUGGGUCUGAGAAUGGAGCGUCCAAAGAUGUCUGGGUCUACGACACAUUACACGACGAGUGGUCUAAAGCGGCGCCGAUGCUGGUAGCCAGGUUCGGACACGGUUCCGCGGAGCUCGACCACAUGCUGUACGUAGUGGGAGGACACACUUCCCUCGCCGGAUCCUUCCCCGCCUCUCCGUCUGUCUCUCUCAAGCAGGUGGAACAGUACGACCCUCAGACCAAUAAAUGGACCCUCGUGGCCCCGCUCAGAGAAGGAGUGAGCAACGCUGCCGUUGUUGGCGCCAAAAACAAACUCUUCGCUUUUGGGGGCACCAGCGUAAACAGAGACAAAUACCCCAAGGUGCAGUGCUUCGACCCCUGCCAGAACCGGUGGUCGGUGCCAGCCGCUUGUCCACAGCUGUGGCGAUACACGGCAGCGGCCGUGGUUGGCAACCACGUCGUCGUGAUCGGCGGUGACACAGAAUUCUCUGCCAGCUCGGCCUAUCGGUUCAACAGCGAGACGUACCAGUGGUCAAAGUUUGGCGACGUGACAGCCAAGCGGAUCAGCUGUCAUGCAGUGGCGUCGGGAAACAGGCUUUAUGUGGUCGGAGGGUACUUUGGGGCUCAGAGGUGCAAGACGCUAGACUGUUACGAUCCAGCGUCAGACUCCUGGGACAGCGUGACCAGCGUGCCCUACUCGCUCAUUCCCACUGCCUUCGUCAGCACAUGGAAGUACCUCUCAGCAUAGAGAUGCACUGACUCUCGGAGGUUUUGCGAUGAGCCACGGAGUCUGGUAUGCAGGAAUGUGCCUCCCUUCAGCGGCUCCGAGGAGGAGGAGGAGGAAGAGGAAAGGGUUUUGCGUGUUCCCGUCGUUUCUCCUUCCAGACUGAUUCACAUUAUCUCCAACUGCACAGGAGUGAAGGCCUGGAAACGGCACAGAGACCUUUGUUUUUUACCUGAUGUGUUUACUCGUGCUUCUUGUGUAACUUUGCCGUGUUGUCCCCGAAUCUGAAGUGGACUCGCUGGUGUGUGUCCAGCAGGGCCUUGUGAGCACGUCUCUCUCUCUCUCUCUGUAGCUGCUGUCACUCUGUCAGCCCUGCACUGCUCGUCCGGAGACGUGCAUCAUCUCACCAGUGCAUCACCGCUCUAACUGACACUGUAGCUUGUUUCACAGCGAAGAAGGAAGUCGAGAUGUCCCUCUUUGCCCCCGCCCACUCCUGACACUGUUUACUCAGGUGUAAUUUAUUCCGACUGAAUUAGACCUUUGCUGUGGCGGCAUGUGGAGAGGGAGAGAAGACGUUUGGGGAAGUGUAUGAUUUUGUGAACAGAAACAAUCUUCCUGUCUGUAUUUUUAGAAGUUGGACUUGGGCUUCCCUCAAUUUUGGUGAGCUAAAUUUGUAUCCUCUUCCUAACUGAAAAUACAAGCUCGCAAAAAAAGAAAGAAAAAAGAGGGAAUGUGGCCCAUCACGAAGGAGAUGCUCGUCUGUGUCGGCUUCAGAUGAUUUCUGUUUUAUUUCUGUCUCAGGGUCAUGUGUACUUGCUAAAGGAAGGGUUACAUCUUUUGUUAUCGGUCUUCUGAAAACAGAUUUUUUUCUAGUGAAUGUACUUUUUUUUUUUUUGUGAUACAAACUCUAAUUUUGGAAAUCUUCUUUAUGUCGUUUUGCCAAGUGGAAAACGUAUGAUUGUGCUUAAAAGCAUCGGUCAUAUUUGAAACAGAAAUGUUGCCAAAACCUGAAUAGCUAACUUUAGUGUUGUUGUGGACUUAAAAAACAAAACUUAGUGUUUUAGCCUUGUAGCUGCAAUAUUGUUUUUUUCUUUUCGUGUCUUUACAGAAGUCUUUAGUGUAUAUAGUUUUGUACAUUUGCCUCGUAAUUCAUUUGUAGAAGGCUUUAAAUUUGCACAACUCUCUUAAUUGUCUUAAUUUUGUAUCUUUUGUCUUAACCCGGUCGGGUCGUGUGAGUAAUCGAAGCCUUUUUGUAGCAAAUCGUCAAAAAUAUGUUAAUUUGCUCUCUGUGCAAGUCUCCAAUGUAUCGCAGUAUACUCCAGAUAUACUGAUAUAUUAAGCUAUUACUAAAACAGUCUGUUACUACUUGUUCUAUAGUUUGUUACUCUUCAAUAAAUGUCAUCUUGUUGGAA